CCCACGCCAAAUGUGGGUUGAAAUCACCCUCUUCUUCCCUCCCCAUCCCAAAGCCCACCGCCCACCACCAAACCUUCUGUGCAUCGGGGUGUUUUUUUACACUUUUUAAAAAAGAGAGCCAGAACAAUUGAAAAGAAGACUCUGAAUCCUUUGUUGUUGUUGUUGUUCCAACGCUUUCCCAGAGAAACCUGAAGCACACCUCUGGCCUAUGGACUUAGCCAUCUAAAGACAAUUGAACAGUUGUAUAACAUAAAGAGAAUGGAGGCACAGAGACUUCCUUGUCCUCCGGUGUCACUAAAAGAUCAGCCAGUUCAGCUCUCUUGCCUUCAAGCAGUGCCAGCUGCAUCAAAUCUCUCACUGAGUCCGGUGGUCCUUCAGCCAGAACAAGGUGUCUCCCAGACUAUAUAUCUGAAAGCCCUUACCAUACCACUUUAUCAACCUACCCGGGGAGAAUGUCAUCAUCCAAACAACAGGCUGCCCACAGGCCGAACCAGUAUCAACUUAGACAGCACUAAUAUGCCUUUAAUUGUAAGCCCAGUUUUACAAUCAGAGGGGGCAGAUCAACUUCAGGCAGUCAUUCAGAAGCAACCUAGGACAAUAAAUAUAAUUAGUGGUUUAUCGGUUUUGCCACAGAAUCCUUCUCCAGGCGUGCCACUUGGAAGCCCAGGGAAAUCCAAAAGUGCUGGGAAGUACCUUUGUAAACAUUGUGGCCGUGAUUGCCUAAAACCAAGUGUUCUUGAGAAACACAUGCGCUCACAUACAGGUGAGAGACCUUUUCCGUGUACUACGUGUGGCAUUGCAUUUAAAACGCAAAGCAAUCUGUAUAAACAUAGGAGAUCCCAAACACAUGUAAACAAUGCCAGGCAGCCCUCAGAAUCUGACAACAGUAGUACAUUAGAAGAGAAUGAGAAGGUGUCUGAAAGUGUUGGAGCUCUCCAGACAACAAAAGCCAAUGAUAGAAACUGUGACCAGCCAAGGACAGUGAUUAAACAAGCCAUUUCAGAGUCCACAGAUGUGUUAACUAGGGAGAAGCAUCUUCCUGAUGCUUCUUUGCCAGCAGUGAAUGCUUUAUUCCUUGGAUCUGAAAACCAGUGGAUGACAACAGACAACUUCUAUCAUGGAGGGCUAAAUCAGAAUGCCCUUGAGAGACAGACCAUGAAAGAUCCAUUGAAUUCACUCCAGAGAAGAAAGAUCCAGGAUCAAAGGUCUCCAACUGUCAGUAAGCACAGUCAGCUACAGAGGCAGCAAGCCACGUACUCUGAGAAGCUAUGGGACGGCAGAUCUCCAGACUACAAACUGAAGAAAUGUGAAAGCACUGACUCAGGAUACCUGUCACGUUCUGAUAGUGUGGAACAGCAGAUGCUGUCUCCCAGCCCCCUGCACAGUCUUUGUGAGCACAGCAUAGAGUCAGAAAGUGAUACAGCCAUUAGCAACCUCAGGUACACAGCAGGAAAUAGCUCAAAAGUAGAUUUGGCUGAGAAAGCACCAGGAGCCUUAACAUUUGAGAAAAAGAAAUUGGAGGAGCAUAUCUCAAAGCUAAUAUCUCAAAAUAAAGCUGUGGUGGAUGACACCCAACUGGACAAUGUUAGACCCAGGAAAACAGUCCUGUCCAAGCAGGGCAGCAUUGACUUGCCGAUGCCUUAUACGUAUAAAGACUCGUUCCAUUUUGACAUACGGCCUGUUGACAUAAACAGAAAAAAGAAUCUUUCUCUGUUCUCAGCCAAGUCUAUAUUCACACCUGUGGAAAGAUCAAAGCCAUUGUUUUUUCACUCGGUCCCCACUCAGUUCUCUACGACAAUUGAUUGCGUGCCUGUUACCAGAAGUAACUCUUUGCCUUUUGUUGAGAGUACUAGGAGGGUACAGGAUCAAAUAGAUAGUUCAAAAUUAACGUCUUUCACUAGAAUGUCCCCAAACACAAGUUUUUCUGGUUUAUUGCAUAGCAACAACUUUGCUGCAAGUACAGCAGGUUUUCCUAACAGCCACCCCCGAGCACUUGUCAGGCAGGUGGCAGUAGAUGACUUACUGCUAAGUAAUGUAAUUGAAUCUUCAUCUCCUUCGGAAGAGAUGAAAGGUGCUAAAAAGCCUGGAGCUGGGGUAGAAGGAGCAAACACAAAGCAUAAGAAACCCAGUAAAAAAAAAAUUAAAAUGUUCUCUCAGGAAAAAUGGCAGGUUUAUGGGGAUGAGACAUUUAAGAAAAUCUACCAGAAAAUGAAAAGCAGUCAAAUGACCAAGAAACCAAAGGAAAAUAAGACAGAUAUUUCAAGCAUCCAUUUGGAUGCCAAGGAAACAACUAGUCAGGAGGGAAUUACUCUGCCAAGAGAAGACAGAAGCGCCACAAUGGUAGCCAUUUCUGCAAAAGUGAAUACUGAAGAAUUGAAAGGCCAUUCCAUCAGUAGUCCUAUAUUGCAAUGUGUUUCCUUACAGGAGAGUUCAAGGAGCUUUGCAGAAUCAAUGGAAACAUCAAGUACUGUCAGUGAUUAUGAACACAGUGAUAUGACUAAAACACUUCUUGAACACAGAUGCAAAGAAUUGGGUGUUUCAGAGGAAGAAUCAAAUAGCAACACUCAGUUCCAGCCUUUAAGUACCAGUUGUGAGCUGAAGUUCCCACUUCAGCAAGCCACAGAUCAAGAGACUGUUGCCUCAUUAAACAUUGCUAGCUUGCAUAAUACUAGCUCAGAGGAGACAAUCACACAAGAGGAAUUUAUUAAACUUUUGCCCCCAUUACAUGAUGAUAUUUUGACCCACAAAGGAGAAGAUACUGGUGGAAAAGAAAGCUUUCAACUUGAGCAGGGGGGCUUGCCAUCACACCAGUGCAACAGCAGUGAGCUAAUGCAGGUACUUCAAAAGUUACCCUCGGAGAGAAAGAAGUUAAAAGUGGAUAAACUGAAGACCAAAGAAAAUACAAAACUAAGAGUCAAUAUUGGUCACAGCAGCUCAGCGGAGAGAAUUGUGAAACCGCUAGACCAUUACAAACUUCUUAAUAUGGUUGCUCCAGUAUCAGUAAAUCUCUCAGUUAAAGGAGAAAAGCAGUCAGGAACAGUAGGAGUAAAUACAUCAGGUGGCAACAUGAAAUAUGAGGAAGCAGUCAAAUAUUCCAUAAUGGUUUCUAAUAAGAAUGAUGUUGCUAAUCUCACUGAUAAAGCAAGUGUAUCAGCAUUUUCAUUUUCUGAACAACUCAAGGCCGGGAUAAAAAAGGAGCACACCUGUAAUUCAUCUGCUUUACAAAAACUGACAGAAAACCCAUGUCGGAUGAUAACGGGGACAGAAAUGUCACGUCAGAGUGGAGAUACAGCACCACCCCACACACAGCAUAUAGUAGUUGACCAAGCAGCUCCACAUCUAAAGAAAAAUGAAUUUCUCCCAAAGUAUAUCCUAAAAUGUGCACAAGAAGUGAAUAGUACAGACCUGCCAUUAAUUCUAGCAGGAGUGUCAAAGGAAAUGCCCUGUAUUUCACUGCCCUGCACGUCAACUGACUCCUCUUCCCUUGCCAGUAACAAUAGAUCGGUUGGAACCAGCUCCACAGAUGUAUUUUUGUGCCCUUUGCAAUUGGAACUGAGUCAUCCAAACAGAACAAAAGAGCUAAAAAGGGAAGUACACACAACGCUGAAGUCUCUGGUAGUUUGCUCAUCAGCUAUCCUAGAAACAACCAGCAUCACAACCAGGUUAGACAGAAGAUGCCAUCUUCAGAAUGUCAAGCAGAAGGAGAAGACGAAAGAUGAGGAGAAAGGAGCCAAUAACAGAGACCAUUUAGGUGAUCAAAAGCUGCCACAGGAGGGCGAUGGACGUGUGAUUGUUUGUACAUCACAGAUGCCAGGGGGGGAAAUAUGCUUUACAUCUAUGUAUAGAGGAGGGUUUCUUAUAUCUUCGGACAUGACAGGGCAGAGUCCCGCCCUUCAGUUAAUACACUCAGGGAACAGUUCGGUUCUAUCUGUGUCUUCAUUGGUGGAAAGGGCAGUUUUUUGUGGCAACACAGACACAAAAAUAUCAGAAUGGCAAUCGGCUGUUAACCCUUUCCCAGGAUUUCAAGAUCUGCCCAGCUGUUCGGUUGAUAGUUCCAAAUGCCUUUGCCAUUCCUCGGACAUGUUUUAUUGCCAUGUGCUCUGUACCCAACAAAAGGAAGUCUGCACUCUGUCCCAAUUAAGUGUAGUUUCUCGUGCAGGAAACUUGAAAGUUCCAAGCUUGAAUAUAUCCUUCCCAACUUUAAAUGCGGAGCCUCAGUUAACGUGGUGUUGCUUAUCUAGAAACCUCCCUCUUCCUGUUGAGCAGCUGGAGAAGAAAUAUUCUGCUUAUUCUUCCCUGCAUACCUGCAAAAAUGAAAGCAUGGUGUCAAAAUGUAGUCUUUCCUUUUGCCAAAUGAAAAGUACCAAGAAGGCUGCUAGCCAAGGCUUGACGACUGGGACCCCCAAAGCACCAGUCACUUGCUUUUCACAGAAGCAGCAGAUAGAGCAGCAGUACUUUACAACAACUGGAUUUGAUGUGCUGUUAAAAGACAUUCCAGAGGCAGAAGAGGCAAAAGAAAAGCUUAACAAAGUGAGAGGACUCACAACAAAUAAAGGAAAGAGAAGCCGUAAAAGGAAAAAAAUGAAGAUCAGUCAAAAAUGAUAUAAGGGAAGUUAUGGACAUAGACACAUUCUGCUGAAAACCAACAAACUGGGCAAACAACACUGGCCAGCAAACAGGCCCCUGGAGACCCCCAAAAGGCGUCCCAAUUCCCACACAUCUGACAGCCAUGAGCCUUGUGGAAAAUGGUCUUGUCUUCCAACAGCCUCUCAAGGGAAUGACCAAAAUCUACAGCAGGAGACAUCUUAUGCCCCAACUGACAAAACUGCUUCCUCUGUGAAAAAGAAUCUGAUGAAAGAAGAAGUUCCUGGGUCUGCUAAUGAACACUCCAGGGGCAGUCUCUCUCUUCAGAUGAUGCCUGCAGUUCCAGAGGUUUCAAAAGCAGCAUAUUCCUUUACACUGGCCACUGAUGCAGUAGUGGAAAAAGCAAA